GUGAGAAGCAGAUGCAACCAUGCCUCGAACAGACGAAGCAAAAGCGUUCUUCCACGCAGUCUACAGCGCAAUCCAAGAGGUUCCUCAUGGAAAGGUGACAAGUUACGGCCAUAUUGCAAGGCUCAUAGGAACCCCUCAACGCCCCCGCCAAGUAGGCGUUUGCCUCAAGCAUCUCUCGUCUGAUACAAGCCAAACUUUCCACAAUGGAAACGUUCCUUGGCAACGCGUGAUCAACUCGAAGGGUAUCAUCUCACCGAGAGGUUAUCCAUCAGGCGCAGCAAAUCAAGCUCAAGCCCUACGCGGUGAGGGUGUGACUGUCACGACAGGUAAUUUGGGCGAGUUGAUGGUGGAUUUUGCAGAAUAUGGAUGGUUCCCUCGACAGCUACCUAGUGAAGAAGCAGCUGGAAUUGCUCCCCUUAUAGAUUCCGACGACGAGGGAUGAUUAGCUGGACCAGUAGAA